UGCAACAGAAGCAAGUAAAACUAAAUUCAACGGCUAUCAACAUACGAGCAAAUCUCAAAUUCAUUUUAAUUUGCCAACUGAUGUUCUGAAGAUCUGAUCGAAUUUUGGGAAAGUAUAAAUAAAUGCAUAUAUUCUGCUUUCAUUCAAGUUUCUUCGAUUCAGCAGUCGCCGCCCUUUGUCUCGUCCUUUAUAAUGGGAGGCGAUAAAGUAAUGGCAUCAACUUUUGUCGCAUAUUAUUGUUCGUGUUGCUCGGUUCAACUUUUUCUUGGUUUCUGAAGCUUCGAAUUUGGCUGCAAUUGAAGAAUUGUGAGAUUUGAUUGAGUACUGGGGCAUUGCAGCCAUUCCUUUCUCAAGGUUUGAAGGGUCGAGGAAGGAGGCUGAGGUAAGAAGUUUGCAUUUGAUAACAAAGCACUGCUGAAGCUAUGCCAUAUAUUUUAAAAGAAUCGAGUGUAUUAGCUUAUGUAGAAUGCUUAGCAAAUAUGGUAAAUGACUCGUGAAUGAAAAUUUAAGAUAUGUGUGUCCUUUUUGUUUUAAUUUGCAUUUUUUCAUUAUUUUCCCAGGUGAUAAAUUUUGUAGUAUGGAAUUACACGAGGGAUAGACUUAGUUUAUUGGUCCUUUUAUUGAAAAGUUUGUUGGUUGACAUGUUUCUUGGAUGAAUUCUCAUUUGCAGAUGGGACAGGAGAUAGCCAUUGGACCAGAACUUACUAAUCUCCCUCAAGACCACAAGUUCUCGUGCAGCAACACUUGUCCAUUCUCAGAGCACGACUACAGUCAGUCGGAUUCAGCACAACGAUCAAAGACAGCUAUCAAACUUGGUGGGCUUAUACUCUGUUACCUUAUAGUCAUGGUAAUCGAGAUUGUUGGAGGUCUGAAAGCCAACAGCUUAGCUAUUCUUACUGAUGCAGCUCACUUGCUGUCUGAUAUUGCUGGAUUCUCCAUUUCUCUCUUCACUGUUUGGGUUUCUGGUUGGAUGGCAACACCAGAACAUUCUUUUGGAUACCACCGUGUAGAAGUUAUUGGAGCACUAAUAUCGGUGCAGCUGAUAUGGGUCAUGUCUGUAUCUUUGAUCUAUGAAGCGAUCAAAAGGCUUAUUACAAAGCAAACAGAAGUGAAUGGCCGACUCAUGUUUGGAAUUGCUGCCUUCAGCUUGGUGGUUAAUAUCAUCUUGGUUCUAUGGCUUGGCCACGACCAUUCUCACCACGGUCACUCUCACCACGCCCAUUCUCACCACCACAGCCAUUCUCACCAUAACUGCAAGGACGAUGGCCAUAACCAUGAAGAAGAAGAAUCAAGAACAGGAGAUGAAGAAAGUACGAAUCUCGUCUCAAGUCCUCAUGGGAGCAGUCACAUGUUAAACAUCAACAUUCGAGGGGCAUACUUGCAUAUAAUAUGUGACUGCAUACAAUCCAUUGCUGCAAUGGUUGCUGGUGUUUUUAUAUGGAUAAAACCAAAAUGGCUAGUGGCCGAUCUGAUUUGCACUCUUUUGUUCACCACUUUUGCUCUAAGCACCACUUUCACCAUUUUGAGGGAUAUAUUCCAUGUGCUGAUGGAGAGGGCGCCAUCGGACAUCGAUUCUGCUCGUCUUGAAAAUGGUCUUAAACUAAUCACAGGAGUUCGCGAUGUUCACGAUCUUCAUAUCUGGGCCAUCACGUCAGGUAAGCACGUCUUAUCUUGUCACGUUGUGGUUGGAGCUGAAGUCAGACCUCAACAAAUACUGCAUGAGAUUAGGGAAUACUGUGAACAAACCUACAAAAUUUCUCAUGUAACUAUACAAGUUGAACAAGUGUGAUAUAGUCAUUGCGCUCUUCAACUGUAUUCCUUCUCUGCAAUGCAUUAUUGCAUGAUAAAAGAAAACAUUGAUUGAAAGUUGAAAAUGAA